AUGCCUCCAGGAGGGGACUCGGACGGAGGUAAGAUGGAGGUGGUCGCAAAGGCACAGCCCAACGCCGUCGGGAUGUCGAUUGAAGAGAUAAACAGCGAAAAGCCCAGAGCCCCCGAGGCUGGAGUCCAAAUGGAUGGAGGAGGAGGAGCAGGGUCAGGAGUACCCACAGAAUACAGCGCGAAUAAUGUCUCAACUUCUGCGGAUUCGUCCAACGACAUCAGCGUCUCCAAUACUAGUGCUGGAGAAGAUGCCGCCCCCGCGCCACCCAAGGCUGAGAUAGUCGCAACCGAACCAGAAGCCUCGCGGACGAAGCUGCAGACCGCGAUUAUCAUGACUUCCUUAUGUUCAUCCAUCUUCCUCGCCGCUCUCGAUGUAACCAUCAUCACCACCGCGCUCCCCACCAUCAGUGAACACUUCCAGUCCAGCGCCGGAUACACCUGGAUCGGCUCCGCAUAUAUGCUUGCAACCGCCGCGAGUACACCCUCAUGGGGAAAGUUUUCAGAUAUAUGGGGGCGAAAACCGAUCCUGCUAUUAGCAAUAGGCAUCUUCUUUGUGGGGAGCUUACUAUGUGCUGUGAGUGUUAAUGUCGGCAUGUUGAUCGCCUCCAGAGGCAUACAAGGGGUUGGCGGCGGUGGCUUGCUUAUUCUGGUCAAUAUCGCUAUCAGUGACCUCUUCAGCAUGCGGAACCGAGGCAAAUAUUUUGGCAUGAUCGGCGGGGUAUGGGCUUUCGCCUCUACAGUCGGCCCGGUCUUAGGAGGCGUUUUUACGGAGAAAGUCAGCUGGAGAUGGUGCUUUUAUAUCAACUUACCCAUCACCGGAGCGGUCUUCAUUGCUCUCUGCAUCUUCCUACACCUCGACAACCCCAAAACACCCGUUUGGGACGGUCUCAAAGCUGUCGACUGGUUGGGCAGUCUCGCCAUAAUUGGCGGUACGCUCAUGCUUCUUCUCGGCCUAGAAUUUGGCGGUGUCACAUACCCAUGGAGCUCAGCAAAAGUCCUCUGCCUCAUCAUCUUCGGCAUAUUCGUGGCGUGCCUCUUCAUCAUUAACGAGUGGAAAUUCGCCCGGUACCCAUUGAUGCCUCUCCGGCUGUUCACCAAGCGCACCAAUAUUGCUGCGCUUGGUGUCUGCUUUUGCCACGGCUACGCUUUCAUCGGAGCCUCGUAUUAUCUCCCAUUAUAUUUUCAAGCCGUUAUCGGUGCAACACCACUCCUAUCUGGAGUCUAUCUGUUGCCGCUUGCCCUAUCCCUUUCUUUUGUCUCAGCCGGCACUGGUGUAUUCAUCAAAAGGACAGGCCAAUAUGUUCCACCAAUUUGGUUUGGAAUGGGCAUGAUGACUGCUGGAUUUGCCCUCUUCAUUAACCUCGGCGCCAAAGCGAAUUGGGCCAAGCUUAUUAUCUACCAAAUCAUUGCUGGUAUCGGUGUCGGGCCUAACUUCCAAAGCCCUCUUAUCGCCCUUCAAAACUUCGUGGCUCCAAGGGAUAUCGCAGUGGCAACCUCGACGUUCGGCUUUGUCAGGAAUCUAUCCACCUCGAUCUCCGUCGUUAUUGGUAGUGUCGUCUUCCAGAACGAAAUGCAAAAGAAAUUACCUACUCUCACGGAGUCGCUAGGCCCAAAAAUAGCCGGGGCGCUCUCUGGUGGCUCUGCCGGCGCUAGCAUCGGUCUCGUCCGCUCCCUCCCUCCUGUGCAAAGAGAUAUUGCUCGUGCAGCUUUUGCCGACUCACUGAAGAUAAUGUGGACUAUGUACAUGGCAUUCACGGUCAUGGGUCUGCUCAUCAGCUUGUUCAUCAGUCAUCAGAAUCUAAGUAAGGAACAUCAUGUCACGAAGACCGGGCUAGUCGAGGAGGAGGCGAAGAGGAAGGAGUUGCAAUUAAAGAAACGAGCGUCAAAAGAGAGGUUACGACAAGAGAAAUUGGCUUCGAAAGAAGCGCAGAAUGGGGGGGUGAAGAUCGGCAGUGGGGAGGCGGUGCCAAAGCAGGAGGUGUGA